AUGGACCGAUGCUCUUCCCGUGAUCACAUCAUGCAAGAGAAGAGCCACGAGAGCGUGGGUGAUGGGACAGACAGCGAGAAGAAGAAGGAGUCGCAGCCCAUGGAAGAGGACAGGGUGAUGCUGGAAGGACCCAGAGAGGAGCCCCAGAACUCCAAGGUGGACAUGGACCAUGAUGUUCAACAUCAGCCAGAUGAUAAGCAAGGUAGCAAAGUACCAAGACGCCCCCGAAAAUGCUCUUUCAAAGGGACGUAUGCUGAAGACCUUCAAGAAGACGCAACCCAACCAAGGAGUAGCUCCAGGGGGAAGGUGUACAAGUGUGUGGACUGCAAGAAGAUCUUCACCUGGGGGAGCAGCCUGACCCGGCACCGACGGAUCCACACGGGAGAGAAGCCCUUCAAGUGCCUGGACUGUGGGAAGAGCUUCACGCAGAGCGUGGUCCUCCUGCGGCACUGGAGGACACACACCAAGGAGAAACCCUUUCUCUGCACCACGUGCGGGAAACGCUUCUCCUGGCGCUCAGACCUCAUCACCCACCAACGCAUCCACACGGGAGAGAGACCGUACGCCUGCUCGCACUGCGAGAAGACCUUCCGGAAGAGGUCUCACCUCAUGAGGCAUCAGCAAGUCCUCCAUGAUGGCACCAAGAGCGCCCAGAUGGAGCCAGGACAACCACCCCGGGUGCUGGAGGAGAAGUUGGAGAGCAAGAAGCAGCAGACACUGACGAGACAAAGGGGUGGCGUGAAGGACACUCACGCAGCCACAAGCAAGCCGGUGGCCCGUGCCAAGCAGAAGACCCAUAAAUGCCCAGAGUGUGGGAAGAUGUUCUGCUGGAGAAACAGCCUGAGACGCCACCAAAGAAAUCACACGGGAGAACGACCCUACAAGUGCCCAGACUGUGGGAAGACCUUCAAUGACUUCUCCAACCUCGUGUCCCACCAUAGGAUCCAUAAGGGAGAAAGACCAUAUGAGUGCCCCGAGUGCGGGGAGUGCUUCACCCAGAACUCGAGCCUUUCCAGGCAUCGGAGGACCCACACUGGAGAAAAACCCUUUUCCUGCUCUGAUUGCGGGAAAUCCUUUACUCAGAAGCAAAAACUCAUCUUGCACCAGCGGAUCCACACCGGGGAGAUGCCAUACAGCUGCCAGCAAUGCCAGAAAACCUUUCGGACCAGCUCCCACCUCACCACGCACCAGCAGAUCCACACGCAGGAGAGCUCCCACGCAUGCCUGGUCUGCGGGAAGUCAUUCAGUGUGGGCGCCGAGUGUCUUCUCCAUCAGAGGACCCACUUGGAAGAGGUGCCGGUGGGCCCGGGUGCUUCUCCAGGGGGUGAUGGGCCAUGA